CUGGAAAGUGUAGGAGUCGAGAAACUUCACCCAUGUAAAUAACGUCAGUGCGAAGCUGUAGGUAGCGUCACUCAGUUUAAAAAGAGAAUCAUACGUGUAUAUUAAACAGGUAGUUUUAUAGUUUUCAAAUAUGCCCCGAAAAAAGCCAUUUAGCAACAAGCAGAAGAAGAAACAGCUGCAAGGGAAGCGGGAGAGGAAGAGAGGUGACACAGGUUCUGGGCCGAGCAGCCGUCAUGCCAGCGUGGAACGAGGAGGAGAGCGACAGUCGGAUACCUCAGACAGUGAGACCACUGAUGUUAGAAGAAUGAACCAGCAGCCUUCCAGCAGAGAAGGUAGAUAUGACCCCAACAGGUUCCGACUGCACUUUGAGAGGGAAAGUAAAGAGGAGGUGGAAAAGAGAAAGAAGGUGGCCAUGGAGAACUUCUUGACGCCAGUCUCAGACAAAGAACUUGAAAUCAACAUCGAUGACAUCUAUCCCUCAGAUAAAGGUCUUGGUUUCCCACGACGGCCGCCCUGGAAUUAUGAAAUGACACGAGAGAACCUGCUGAGGAAAGAGGAGAAGUCUUACAGGGAAUAUCUUGAAGAUCUUCACUCCAGGAACCCACUUGGCUCCCUCAGCCACUUUGAGCACAAUCUCGAGACAUGGAGGCAGUUAUGGAGAGUGUUGGAGAUGUCUGAUGUUAUUCUGCUCAUUGUGGACAUCAGGCACCCGGUGCUGCAGUUCCCUCCAGCCGUGUACCACUACAUCACAGGAGAGCUGCAGAAGCAGGUGAUGCUGGUGUUGAACAAAGCCGACCUCUGUCCUCCUCCACUGGUGAUCGCCUGGAAACACUACAUGACCUCUCAGUUCCCCCACCUGCAAAUAGUUUGCUUCACCUCCCACCCUGGGCAGCCCUACAACACAGUCCUCCAGAAGAGGAGGGUGAGAACGAAGGCUGACUGGAGGCAUGGUGGAGGACCUACAGAUAUCCUGAAAGCCUGUCAGGAGAUCACAGCAGGCAGAGUUGACCUUUCCAGCUGGGAUAAGAAGAUUAAGAGAGAUGCUGUUUCUGAGAGACCGAAUGGGGACCAAUCGGAUGAGGGAGCUGAGUCUGUGCUGGUGGAGCAUCAAAGUGACAGCGCUAUGGAGAUGAGCAGCCCAUCACAAGAGCUCUACAAAGAUGGCGUCCUCACAUUGGGUUGUAUAGGCUUUCCAAAUGUAGGUAAGUCGUCUGUAAUAAACACCCUGGUGGGGAGGAAGGUGGUGAGUGUGUCUCGAACACCAGGCCACACCAAAUACUUCCAGACGUACUACCUCACCCCGACAGUGAAGUUGUGCGACUGCCCCGGACUGGUCUUUCCCUCGCGUGUCAACAAACAGUUACAGAUUCUGGCAGGCAUCUACCCUGUGUCUCAGCUGCAGGAGCCCUACAGCUCAGUGGGUUAUCUGUGUGAGAGGACGCCCUUCCUCUCUGUUCUGAAGCUCAAGCAUCCCAGCUUGCUGGAUAAUAAACCCCAUCUGGGAGACCAGGGAUCAGAGGGGCUGAGAUGGACUGCUUGGGAUGUGUGUGAAGCUUGGGCGGAGAGGAGAGGAUACAAGACUGCUAAAGCAGCUCGCCACGACGUCUAUCGUGCAGCCAAUAGUCUCCUGCGGUUGGCAGUUGACGGCAGAUUGUGCCUUUGCCUCAGGCCACCUGGCUACAGCUGCCUGAAAGAGCAUUGGGAAAAUCACCCAGACCUACCGGAAAUAAUGGCUCUACUGGGAAGGAUGACCCAGGAGGAAGGUGGUGGAGACAGGGAAGAUGAGGAGGAUGGAGAGUCCAGCAGCGAGCCAGAGGAAGAGAGAGACAGGGAUGCAGACGAUGAUGAGGAUGGGGAUGAUGAAGAUGAGGGGAUUGGACAACCAAAACCGAAGGAAGAAAAGCCAUCUGGCUUCACUGUCAACAUGUACAACGUCCUUCGAGAAAAUGAGUGUGAGUGAUACCGAAAGGAAAGAUGAGCAGAAGAAAUGAGUUCCUGACUUUUCCCCGGCAACCCCAGUAAAUUUCUCAUUCCUUCUUUUUUCAAAAGCUGCAUUCCUUCUCAUUUUUUCUUGCGCAUCCACUCCAUUACCUUCUCUGUACAUUAACAUGAUCGAUUCUAAUGAACUCCCUCUGUCUCCUCCCUGUAGUAAACAGAGCAUAUUCAUGUAUUCCAUGUUGUGCCCAUGCUCUGCUUGUUCAUAGAUGAAGCUUGUUCAUAAAUGUUGCUUCAAUGAUUGAGUUUGGUUUGGUUUGAUUAUAUCUUCUUUUUUCUUUUUGCAUGGACUUCUGAUAAGACAAAUGAACAAGUAACUUCCCUCAGUCUGAAAUAAUCAACCAACCAAUUUUCAACCUUUUUAUUGAUAAGUGACCUCACAGCUGAGAUGCCAAAAUUCAAGAGAGAAUUAAAAAAAAGGAAGAAAAUGAAUCCGAGGCACUGUUAACAUGAUGUCAUCGACUGGAGCAGCCGUUUGGCUCUCACAGCAGCUUGAGAUUUAAGACCACGACUCUAAAUCAUCUUUAUUGAGCAUGCUAUGUCUCAACUUCGGUUAAAGGGUGGAUCCCGGGAGAUAAAAACAAUUCUACUUACAUUUUUUUCAGUUUGCAGUAUUACGGCUCAGUUAGACGUUCAUUUAUUAAUUUUUUGUUUAAUUACCUUGGUUUUGAUUUAGAUUAUUCCGUAUCUGAAAUUGAUAUUUUAUUUGGUGUGAUUCUACACAAUACACAGGUCAUUUCAAUACAUUUCUUGGAUGCGGGGAGGGGAAGGAGUGUUGCGUUGCUGGACGAGGCCGUUUCAGGAAUUUAACCUGUAGUGUUUUAACUACUACAAAUAUUAUCUAUAGAUGCUUACAGAGGUUUGCAGUAUUUAGUGCAGGAUUUGGCUGCAACCAUUCUACGUGUUUAAUAGCUAACGGCAGCACAGUGGAACUGAUAGAGCAUUUGUUAAAGGGAUAGUUUAACAUUUUGGGGUAUCUGUUUAUUGGCUUCCUUGCCAAGUUAGAUGAGAACAUUGAUCUCAUUCUCGUGUCUGUACGGCAAAUGUGAGGAAAGAGACAGGAGACAGUUAGUUAAGCUCAGCAUUUAUGGGCGAAACUGUUUCUUGGAUCCAGGCAUCCAGGUAUUAACUUCACAUGACUGAGCGUUAGAGGCACUGCAAGCUGUGGCUGAAUAUUCUCCAUACAGACACGAGAGUAGUAUCAAUAUUCUCUUCUAAAUCUCGGCAGUGAAGUGCAUUUACCAACAUGUUGGACAGUUGCUUUAACAACAGAGAGAGAGACUCUACAGCUUCAAUUUAUCUUUAUAAAUAACAUUACACACUCCAUCUUUUUGAAGUUGUUUAGUGAAAAUGUAACCAAGACAAGGGUCAGAUUGAAGCUCUGGUCCUGUAAUGCUGUUGCAACACCUGCAAAUGUUUCUCAUAUUUUUUAAUCUAUCUUUCUCUUUAGAAAAAAACAAGUAGAGCAGCAACGAAGAAGAAGGGAUUUCUGUUAUCGGAUCUUUACAUAGAUUGUGUGUAUUUUGUCGCCAUUGCCCAACUGUAUGUUUUCAGCAGUAUCGGAAGCAUUUCUGAUGCUGGUAUCCAAACAUCUCUAAAGACAAGUUGGACCAGUCUCUCUCUCUUAUCUCUCUGUGAUCUGCGAUGCCCCUGCUACAAUCCUGAGUGCUGUAAUAUUAAUAUUAAUGUGUGCUGCUGUCGUACCUCAUUCACAUGGGAAGUCUAUAGCACAGUGCUGUGUUACUAUGUAAUACAUCACACUGCAGCCACAUGCAAUCGUUUCUACCAUUGGUACAAUGUUAAAUCAGAUACUCAACACUACCAAAAUGUUAUAAACACGACAGAUGUUUGGCCGUGUUGAUGUGGAGUUCCUUUUGUUUUGAAAUAUUAAAAAGUGACUGUAUCUGGAGAAUAUGCUGUGAAGGCUUGAGGUGUGUUCAGGCUACUUGCUGCAUUCCUCAUUUCAUUCCCACCAUACCUGAUGAUGAACUGGACUGCUUUCUGCAAUAAAAGAAAAUAAUCAUCGAGAACCAUC